AGAGAAACAGCCUAGACAGGCUUUACCCCCCGCUGGAGGUGGAAACCGCCUGUUUGCAGGAGGGAGGUGUCCCACUCUAACCAGACACACACACACUGACAACAGCGCCGUUACAACUGCACGGGAGUGUGUGAGAAACUCGUAUCAGGGCGAAGUUUCCCACAGAAGAUCCCUGACAUGUUCCUCCUCCUCGAUCUCCCGAAACGGCCUCUGAAGUAAAGAAGCAGCACAGGAAUGCAGAAAUUGUCCAUCAAGCUGUUUUUCAGUCUCUUUCAGCUAACAAAGUAUCUUUAGGAGCUCCGGACAAGACAGCUGCUGCCGCCCUCCUUUACUUCACGCCAGCUAAGCCAUGUCUUCAAACGGAGACCUGAGAGAGAGCAGUAGCAGUGGCAGUUUUUGGGAGCCGGGGAACUACAGGAGCACAGUGAAGCGAAUCGACGAUGGUCACAAGCUCUGCAGUGAGCUGGUCAGCUGUUUUCAGGAACGGGCCAAGAUCGAGAAGAGCUAUGCGCAGCAGCUGGCCGAGUGGGCUGGGAAAUGGAGGCUCGCUGUGGAGAAAGGGCCAGAGUAUGGCACGAUGAAGAGGUCCUGGCUUGCCUUCAUGGACACCACCGAUCAGCUUAGCGAGAUCCACAUGGAGCUGAAGGAGCGCCUGGCUGUGGAGAACAGUGAGAAGGUUAAGAACUGGCAGAAAGAUGCCUUCCACAAGCAGAUCAUAGGCACCUUCAGGGAGACCAAGGAGGCUGAGGAGGGCUUUCGCAAGGCACAGAAACCCUGGAUCCGGAGGAUGAAAGACGUGGAGUCGUCCAAGAAGAGCUACCACCAGGCACGGAAGGAGGAGCGCACCGCGGUGACCCGGGAGACCCACGCCAAAGCCGACCCCACCAAGUGCCCAGAGGAAGUGCAGAAGCUGCAGGAGCGGGUGGAGAAAUGCAGCCAGCAGGCCGAGAAGGCAAAGCAGCGCUAUGAGAAGGCCCUGGAGGAGCUGAAUCGCUGUAACCCGCGCUACAUGGAAGACAUGGAGCAGGUGUUUGAGAUCGCACAGGAGGCUGAGAAGAAGCGCCUGUGCUUCUUUAAGGAAGUCCUCCUGGACAUCUACAAGCAACUGGACCUCUCGAGCAAUGAUGUGUUUAAAGAAAUAUAUCAAAACCUGGCCAAGACCAUAGCUGGAGCCAGCGAUACCGAGGACCUGAGGUGGUGGCGAAACACACAUGGACCUGGUAUGACCAUGAACUGGCCACAGUUUGAGGAGUGGACGCCUGAAACGAGUCACUCCAUCAGUCGCAAGGAGAGGAACAGCCAGGCUGAGAACGUGGUCACCUUGACCAACAUCGUCUCUGCUGGGGAGGAGGUGCCUAGGAACCCCCCGGAGAACACCAGAGGUGGAAAGGGUGACUCUGCAGACUGUUCCGAUGAGGACAGUGCUGCAAAGAGCAUGGCCACCAACGGCGUGAGUGAGGAGGGGAAGGCGAUGGGCGAACGUGUGAGAGCUCUAUACGACUAUGAGGGUCAGGAAGCUGACGAACUGAGCUUCAAAGCAGGUGAUCAGCUCAUGAAGCUGAGCGAGGAAGAUGAGCAGGGCUGGUGCACGGGACAGUUGGACAAUGGAGAAGUGGGCCUCUACCCAGCCAACUAUGUCCAAGUUAUCUGGGACAGUUGAUCUGAAUGACAGUGACGGGCGCGCUGUGAACUUUGAUUCCAGGUGUGGCAGACCUAGUGGAAAGAAGAUCUUCUUUUAUUAAGUGUCAGGUCUUUGAGUGGGACCUUGACAUUUUGGUGCCCUUCGAAGGACAUACGUGACAUUUCUGCACUGCUUGUCCUUGGCUGGUUUUGCAGACACCAGCUACAAGGAUCCUUCCAAGUCGAGGGUUUAAUCUGGUGGACUUUGCCACAGAGCAGGUCACUAACCUGCCACAUCUCACAUUUCUGCAAAACUUGUCUACAGGACUUAGACAAGUGCAGAUCUUCCAGAAAGUUCUAUGAAACAAUAUACUUACCAUUCCACUAUUUCACGGUAUAUUCGAACCAAAUUAAACAGAUUUGCCUGUUGGUAGGUUGAUUUUCUUUGGUUUCAUUUAUUUGUAAAAGUUCAGAUGUUCUGACAGGCUUAUGAACAUAUUUUUAAAGAUCUCUAGAAAUGGUUGUGCAUUUUUGAGGUGUGCUUCACACCCUUAUUAUUAAUGCGGAUCACACUGCACACGUGUUUAGUUAUUAGCAGGGAAUAUAACGGAAAAGGUCUCCCCCCAAAUCUUUUGGGUUUUUAGGUAGUCUGUGUGUCUGUUGAUGUACACCUUUUUAUAUGUUUCGCUUCUUAAAAUGUUUACAUACAUGUUUCUGUAUAAAUGAAAAGAUAUACCAGUGAGCUAACUUAGAUCUUUGGAAGGAGAGAUGUUUAUUGGAAAGUGGUGAUACAGUAUAGCCCCCUAACAUUUUUGUUGUUGAUAUCAGAAUCUCAUACAUAAUAAUACUGUGACUUAUGGGCUAAUUGAAAUAUAUAUUUGUAUAUGUCACAUCAAAACAUUUAAUUUUGUUUUAUAUGAUGUCAAUGUGUGUAGAGAAUUUUUAGAAUCGAUUAGUGUGAGAAUUAUGUUUUAUAAUUUUUUUUUUGCAUAUUUUGGAAAAAAUCGGGAUCAUUUCAGUGCCUGAUCUUGACAUCUGAGUGCAUUUACCUGAAAGAAAUAAAAGUGAAUCACUUUAAAUAUCUAAUUUCUUUAAGGGUGAUCAUUUCCAGGCUAUUUCGGCAAAUGGCUUUAAUACUGGGUCCUUGCUUUCACGGAGGGGGAAAAAAAACGAGAAAUCUUUUUUUUUCCCCCCCAGUG